ACUGGAGUUUCCUGCGCUUGCUACUGUUGGCGAACGCAGUCCAUCCGAACCUCUGUACAGCUGCGGCCAUGGGCUUGGAGCUCUACUUAGACCUUCGGUCGCAGCCCAGCCGCGCGGUCUAUAUCUUCGCCAAGAAGAACGGCAUCCCCUUCCAGAUGCGUACGGUGGAUAUACUAAAAGGGCAGCACAUGAGCGAGCAAUUCUUCCAGGUGAACUGUCUUCGGAAAGUUCCUGUCCUCAAAGACGGAAACUUCGUGUUGACCGAAAGCACAGCCAUUCUGAUUUACCUGAGUUCCAAGUACCAGGUGGCGGACCACUGGUACCCAGCCGACCUGCAGACCCGUGCCCGAGUCCAUGAGUACCUGGGCUGGCACGCUGACAACAUCCGCAGCACAUUUGGAGUGCUCCUGUGGAUCAAGGUGUUGGGGCCACUCAUUGGGAUCGAGGUUCCCGAGGAGAAGGUAGAACGGAACAGAAAUUGUAUGGACCUGGCUCUGCAACAUCUGGAGGACAAGUUCCUCGGGGACAGGGCCUUCCUUGCUGGCCAUCAGGUGACGGUGGCUGAUCUCAUGUGCCUGGAGGAGCUGAUGCAGCCGGUGGCUCUUGGUUAUAAUCCUUUGGCGAGACGGCCACGACUAACAGCAUGGCGGGAGAGGGUGGAGGCGUUCUUGGGUGCCGAGCUGUGUCAGGAGGCCCAUAACCUCAUCCUGAAUAUCCUGGAACAGGCAGCCAAGAAAGAACUACCAGUACCCCCUCCGGAGGCCCGUGGCAGCAUGCUGCUUCGAAUUGCGAGGAUUCCCUGAGUGGUCUGACCAGCAACAGACUCAUUUUCUUUCUUGACCCUUUCUUACUUGCCCUUCUUUUUUUCUAGCUCCUUCUCUGGCUCUGGGGGGAGCUUGACACAAAAGGGACACCCUUAGCGUGCUUCUCUUGAGGCCCGGUAUACGCAACCAAUAGGAGACCAAAAUCAAUAAUAUAUAAAAGUUGUGAAAAAAACAGUAACA